AUGGAAAAUCUGCACCAGAAUGUUAUUCCUCAAGCUGUGGACGAGCUUGUCACUCCGGGUGACCACCAGCAGCACACCACCGCUGCCGCUAACAUAUUAACAGCGUCAGAGAUAGACUCGCUGUUACAAAAUUGGACCCAUGACAACACUGGCCAGUUAGUCCGCAACCAGGCGGGGGGCGAUGCCGCCUUGUUACCAGACCCAGAUCGGCUUCGGCGGACGCGAGCCUUGGGAGAUGUCCUUCACACAGUCCAGCAGCUGUGGUAUGCAGGCUCUGAAGAGAUCGAUGCAGUUGCCCAGAUACUCGCGAACGGGAGCAGAACUGCGUCUUGGAGGCUUCCGCUUGGGGAUUCAGCCGUCUUUGACUUCUUCCUCGGCAUCCUUGCCGUCGACACGAUACGCCAGUCUUUAAAGUUGCAGAUAUUGCGGCUAGCUGGAAAUUGCUGCGCCGAUGCUGAUGAGAAUCGCGCGCGCGUCGUCUCAUCCAACCACAUGCCAGCCCUACUGGCGCAGCUCGAGGAUGACAGUUUAUUGCCGUUUGCUAUCCAGGUCAUACAUAAUGUCAUGAUGGACUAUGAGUCCACGCAGCUCGCAGCCUUGAACGCUGGCCUCAGUGCGAAGCUCGUCGACCUUCUUGCCAGCCCGCGGUUCGCCCACUGCCAGCAUCUUCUCGGCAUGAUCGGCACCAUCUUUGAGAUGCUUGUUGGCCAUCCUUCUGGCCGAUCUCUGCUACCUGCCGACUUUCACCAAGUCUACGAUCUCAGCUCCCCCAUCUUCCAGACGUUCCAGUCCUGGCUACGCCCGUGCAUCCGUGCUGCCGGACUGGGACCCGCGCGACGACGGCCCAAGUUUGGCGUGCUGCGGAGCGAGGCGUGGUUUGUGUUUGCGCUCAUGGCGAGGAGCGAGGACGGCGCUGGCGUUGUGUCCAAGGUGCUUGCUGUGCCCGGGGCGUGGGAGGCGCUCGUGGAGAGCAUCACGGGGAGAAGAGAGGGUGAAGAGCGUUCGGCUGAGACGGCGGAGGAAAGGGGUGAGGUUACCAUCAGUACGGAUGCUGCCUCUGUCGUGGAUGGGCUGCAGCCGCAGCAGGUUGAUCCGCAGCAGGCGGAGGGGAUGGCCAGGGUUGAUCGGGAGAACGGCUUGGUGCUCGUGUCCGAGCUGGUCAAGCAUGCUGGGGGGGAUUUCCCCGCGGCGAGAAGAGCAGCACUGGGAGAGAUGCUGAAGGAAGGCGGGGAGUUGGUGGCCGAGGGUCGAAAAGAUGACGGCGCGAAGGAAGGCUAA